AUGCCUGUAGAAACUGAUAUAGCAAACGGCUGUAAGUUGAUAUUUGAACAAAAUAAACCAAAGGAAGCUCUUGAAAUAUAUGAUUCAGUUUUGCUCAAAGAACCUGAAAAUUUUAAUGCACAUUACUACAAAUGUAUAGCAUUGCACAAAUUAUAUUACGGUUCUAAAAAUUGGCACACUGAAGAGGUUUUGACUGCUUUGAAAGAGAAUUUAACCAAAGCGCUGGAAAUUGCAAAAAAAAGAUGUAUCAGAGAAAAAAUUGGAUUAGUUUAUUACAGAUGGUUUUUACUAUACUAUCAUUUGAAAGAUUACGACAGUGCUAAUAGAUAUCUAGAAAACGCCAAGAAAUAUGGAUACAAUGAUCAAACUUUGCCACUAUGGGAGGCUAACUUAAAAGAGAAACGGACGGGUAUUGUGAAAGAGGGACAAAUAUCAAAGGAUAUCAUCAAAGAGGAAGUACCACAAGGAACUGAACAGCAACAACAAACUUCAAAAUUUAGGACUGAUUGGUACCAGUCUCCCAAAACAGUUACUAUUUCAUUAUUUACCGCUAACCCGCCAAAAACUAAAGACGAAAUUACGAUAGAUUUGAAAAAUAAGAAUAACAGCGCCCACCUAACUUUGAGCUACAAAAAUCCAUCCAAUACAUCAUCAGAAUUUCAAUAUACUGCAAAUUUGAGUAAUCCAAUUGAUGUAGGAUCAUUUGAUCCUGCUAAAGAUAUUUUUAUCGGCUCCAAAAAGUUAGAAAUUACUUUAACCAAAAAUAAAGCUGGUGUUACCUGGAAAACUUUGGAAUUACAAAAAGACCAGGAACAACAAAAAUCGUCUAUUCAACCAAUAUCAACUACUAAUAGUACCUCUAAAACCAAUUCUGUAUUGGAGUAUCCAUCCUCUUCUAAAAAACAUAUAGACUGGUCCAAAUUCGAUUUGGAUUCGGAUGAAUAUGAAAAUGAUGAAAAUGCAGGUGAUGCAAACAAAUUUUUUCAAGAAUUGUAUAAGAAUUCUGAUGCCGAUACUCAGCGUGCUAUGAUGAAAUCAUUUAUUGAAAGUAACGGUACUGCUUUAAAUACUAAUUGGAACGAAGUUAAAUCUGAAACAGUAGAAACUGUACCACCAGAUGGAUUGGAAGCAAAAAAAUGGGACUAA